UCCCUCCCGCCCGCCUGCCCGCCCGCCGCCGCUCCCGCGCCUCCAUUCGGCUCCGCCGCCGCCCGCCGAGGAGGGGACAGCGACAGUCGGGAGCACGGGAGAGGGACGCACCCUCCCCCGCCGCCAACCCGUUUCCUCCUCCUUCUCCUCCACCUCCUCCCCCGCCUCCGCCUCCGCCUACCGGCCGGGAAGAGCUCGCCGUGCCCGCUGCAGCCCCGCUGGAUGCACUGAGCGCUCGGGCGCGGGGAGAGAGGGGCAGGAGGGAGCCGGGAGCCCCGCCGCGGAGGCGCUGUGCUACCCGGAGCCUCACGGCCAUUUGCUUUAAUUCUUUUAUUGCCCCCCGGCCGCCGCCUCCUUUCUGCCCGCGGGACCCAGCCGAGGCGGCGGGGGCUGCAUCCCCCCUCCCCCCCUUUUUUUUUUUUCAUUUUUUUUUUUUUAAUUUUCAUCGCCGCCAUGGGAUGUACCCUGAGUGCUGAGGAAAGAGCCGCCCUGGAGCGGAGCAAGGCCAUCGAGAAGAACCUGAAGGAGGACGGGAUCAGCGCGGCCAAAGAUGUGAAACUACUCCUGCUCGGAGCCGGAGAGUCGGGAAAAAGCACCAUCGUGAAGCAAAUGAAGAUCAUCCAUGAGGAUGGCUUCUCUGGAGAAGACGUGAAGCAGUACAAGCCAGUGGUCUACAGCAACACUAUCCAGUCCCUGGCAGCCAUUGUCCGUGCCAUGGACACCCUGGGCAUCGAGUACGGCGACAAGGAGCGACGGGCUGAUGCCAAGAUGGUCUGCGAUGUCGUAAGUCGGAUGGAGGACACAGAGCCCUUCUCCCCAGAGCUGCUGUCAGCUAUGAUGAGGCUCUGGGCAGACUCUGGGAUCCAGGAAUGCUUCAACCGGUCCCGGGAAUAUCAGCUCAACGACUCAGCCCAGUACUACCUAGACAGCUUAGAUCGAAUUGGAGCUGCAGACUACCAACCCACGGAGCAGGAUAUCCUCCGAACCAGGGUCAAAACAACUGGCAUCGUAGAAACCCAUUUCACAUUCAAAAACCUCCACUUCAGGCUCUUCGAUGUCGGGGGCCAGCGGUCAGAGCGCAAGAAGUGGAUCCACUGCUUUGAGGACGUCACAGCGAUCAUCUUCUGCGUGGCGCUCAGUGGCUACGACCAGGUGCUCCAUGAAGACGAAACCACGAACCGCAUGCACGAGUCUCUGAAGCUUUUUGACAGCAUCUGCAACAACAAGUGGUUCACAGAUACAUCUAUCAUCCUGUUUCUAAACAAGAAGGACAUAUUUGAGGAAAAAAUUAAGAAAUCUCCACUGAGUAUCUGCUUUCCUGAGUACACAGGCCCCAACGCUUUCACAGAGGCAGUGGCGUACAUCCAGAGCCAGUACGAGAGCAAGAACAAGUCGGCCAACAAGGAGAUCUACACUCACAUCACCUGCGCCACCGACACCAACAACAUCCAGUUCGUGUUCGACGCCGUCACGGACGUCAUCAUCGCCAACAACCUGCGGGGGUGUGGACUCUACUGAAGGCCCUCCUCCUCCUCUUCCUCCUCUUCCUCCUCCUCCUCCUCUCCUGGCACCGCCCGGAGCAUCCUGCGCUCCCGCGGACAGGUCCUCCCUUUCCUUGGUUUUUCCUCCUCAGAAGAUGACAAGGAAGAAAUGCAUAAUUCCCUCCUCCUGUCCCAGAAAACUCUGCAGCAGCAAGUUCUGCUUUCCCCAGACCCAUUUUAUUUUAUUUUGGUUCAUUUUUUGGUUCAUUCCCUCGCUGCCCCAUUCUACUCCUCCGUUCCAAUUCACAGUGUUGUGCAGGGAGCUAACGCAUUUCCCACGAAGUGCAUUUCAACUGCCAAAAGACAAAAAUACUUCAAUUUUAAAGAGAGAAAAAAAUCAAAGCCUUAAAAUACUGGUCAGGAACAGUGUAGUUUGGAACCAAAAUUUCUAUUUUGCCUUGAAAAUUAAGGGAUAUUGUUCAUUCUCCUGGUUAUUUGCCUUUUUUUAAAAACGCUACUCCUUUGGGAAGUGCUAAAUACAACCUGACCAUUUUGAGGGUACCUUACAGCUCCAGUUCUGACCCCAGAGCUGGAGGGUUUGGUGUUAAAUGCAGCUACCAUAGCUUGGAUUUGUACAUUCUCCUUUUUUCCAGACAGCUAUUUGAACAAGUAAAACAGCCAUAUCGAGUUCUGCUGGUGUCUGAGUAACAGGGACACAGUAACAAAGCCUACUAAGCCUUGUCUAAAAGCAUUCAUUACUGGUAGCAGUUUUACCUCAAGUUUUUCAAAAUUAAUGAUAAAAUUUAUCUAGUGGUUGCUGUAACCCAUUUCUGAGGCACUUCCAUGGGGGCCAUGGAGGCACUGGGCUGGGAUCUCUGGAGUGUAGGCAGUGAAGAUGCCCCAGGAAUGGUGUCCUGAUGGAGGCUCAACACUCAGCGGCAUCCUGACAAGGAAUCCAGCCUGGGGACCUUUCCCACAGCACCUCCCAGCUUUAGUGAUUCAGCAGAGGUGGUGCUCCUGCAAACACACAGCAUCACUUUCCAAACUUCAGCCUUGAAAUGCUGAGGAAUAAAAAAUAUUUAGCCCUGUCUUCUUGUAGGGAGAGUCUGAACAUCAGGUGUCUGAGAUGGGAAAGGUGCUCUGAGAAAACUCCCCAUGCUUGGGCAGCAGCAAAGUGUGCAAAAACCUUAUGGCCCUUCACUGCCCUCUGGGCAUCUGAACCCCUUGAGAAGCACAACCUGGUGCUCUGAGCCUCCUUGGCUGGGCACAAGCCAGUGGCUUUCCUGUGUCACCUCCUGCCUGAGCAUCCCAGAGACAGCUCCGGGGUUGGUGUCUCCGGUCAGGGCAUCUCUACCAGGAUUGAGAUGGAUGGUUAACACUGGCAAAGGAGAGCAAGUGAUGGAGUAGGAAGGAAAAGUGCAAGGAAAGGAAGAAGGAAGGGCAUGGGAGAGAAAGAUGAGGGUAGCACCCAGCACAGCAAAACUGGGGGCUCAGAGAGGACAAAUGCAGGUGGGCUGAGGUAUGUGUGGCCACCACCAAGAACUCUGGGUGCUGCUGAGUCAAAGGCAGAAGGGAAUGUGACAAGUGGGGUGUCACCUCUGGGGACACGGAGGGACUCUUAGAAGUCCACCCCAAAAGCCUGUUAGUUGUCUGGGUGAGACAACCACCUCUGAGGUCCCACUCAGGGCCCACCUCACCUGGGGGCAGGUGGGCAGUGUUGAUCCAUCCCUGCCUCUUCUCUGCCUCUCUUAGAAAUCCAUUAUUGUGAAAAACAUGAAUCUUUGCAGGCUGGCCAGAAGUUCAACUGUUCUCUCUUGGGAGCCUGAGCUAGGAGUGGCUUUCAGGUCUCAGGAGGUCUCCUCAGGGCUGUGGUUGAGAGGGACAAUAUCUCUUCUCACUGUGCCCAUUUAGGAGAGAGGCUGUGAGAGCAGUCCCGAGCAGCACAGCCCGAAGGGGAGGGGCCAGGUGAGAAUCAGGGGCAGGAGGCAGUGACAGGAACACAUAUGGUGGCACAGCAGGGAGAGGACAGGGGGAGAGGCUUAGGGAUGUUUUGAGAGACAAGCUGCAGAAGGGAGAUGAGGCAGCUUGAGACAGCAGGAAGGAUGGGAAGAGAAGGGCACCUGGGAACCAGAGGAGAGUCCCCAUCAGGGGCUGUGCUCUGCCAGGGCAGUAUUUGUGGGACAUUUGUGACAAAUCCCCAGCCAGGGAUGUGAGCAAGCAGGGAAGACCUGCAGAGGAAAAUGAGGUGUCUGUCACCCAUCCAACCAGCUACAGCCCAGCAUGGCAGGUAACUGCCAGUAACUCCUAGAGAGCAUUAAAUGAUGCAUUUGCUAUUGUGCAGCAAGGACCUGCUGCUGCUCUGCUGGGCACUAACAGCAAUAACACAACCCCCUGCCUCCCCUGCUCCGGCACAAGCCAGCACCCACCUUUCUCUUCACCAUCUCAGCCUUAAAAUGCCUCCAAUGACAUCAGCUCCUGCAAAGAGCUGGCCAAAACCAGGAGCUCCUCCCUGCUCCUCUCAUGCCACAGCCCACCCACACAGCUGUCUGAGCCCCAGCAGGAGCAUCCAGCAUCCCCGUGGGUGUUGUGUCAAAUCAGGGCAGGAAAACCACACAUUGGUUACAUUUGGUACCUACACUGUGUAACCACUGGACCCAGAGUGAUGAUGGCUGGUGCUGGCAGGGAUGUAGGUCUUUUAUUAACUCUGUAAGAAG